AUGGCAAGCGGCGCCGGCGUUGCCCUCGUCGACUACAGCACAGUCGACGUCGUCGCAACAAACCUGUCCUUCGAGGAUGAGAACUCCAUGGCAGGCUUUAUCCAGGGCACUGUGAGUGUCAGCCCUGCCGUGGAUGAGUCGGAGAUCUCCGGCUAUGCAAUCUAUUGGGGUCAGAGUGCCUCGGCCAAGCUGGAUGGGGCCGAGCCAGGUUUGCAGGCCCAGUUCUUCGCUAUGUCCAGCUGCCCAUGCUCCAGCUGCACCGUGGACUUUGCUUCUUUGGGCGCACCUCUCCUGGAACAAAGCGAGACCGAGAACUUGUACUCCUUCGCCCGUCCCGCAGGUUCUUUGUCGGUAUGGCCUGGUCUCAACAGAAGCGAACUCUUUGCUGCAAGGUGGCAGGGCAGAGUGACGGUAGUCAACCCAGGGACGUACAUGUUGUCUAUGGUGUCCGAUGAUGGAGCACGCUUUUUCAUCGACGGGGCAGAGGUCAUGUCUACAAGUGGCAGCACUGGCGUGACCAGCAGCACAGCUUCCGCGUACAUGCCAGCAGGCCCCCACGAAAUAGAGCUCCAGUAUUACCAAUGCCGUGGUUCUUCUGGUUUGUCAGUCCAGGUUAGUGGGCCGGACACGGCUUAUAUGGAUGCUAGCCUUUGGGCAGUUGCCCGGCAAGGACCUCUCCUUCGGCCGCCACUUCUGGUUUUGAGCAAGACGGGCUCGGAUGUGACAGGAACCGUCCCUGCAGGAACCAGGGUCCCGGUUGGGGCGACGCACUUGUUGGCCUAUGCUCAGGCUUUGAAUGGCUUUGACUCGACUUCCUGGAUAGGCCUUGAAAUCCAGGACCUGGUCCGUCCGAACGGCACGGCUCAGUCAAUGAAUUUCACCGACGUGAAUCCUGAGGCCAACUUCAUACAGGGCAUUCUGGUGAUCAAGCGUGCGUUGGAAGAGGCAGAGGUGAACUUCUACAAUGUCUAUUGGGGCUCAAGCGCUACAGACAUCCUGAAUGUGACCUCCCGCAGUGUGGCUGGCUUGGCCGACACUCGCCCCACUUGUAGCGGUUCAAGCUGCAGCCACAUCGACAUAACCGCAGGAAGCAGCAGUUCUGAGUGGAUCGUGUCCCGGGGUGUCUAUGACAAUCAUGAGAAUGCAGCCAUCACGCUGGUAGGGCCGGCAGAGAUUCGCUUCACCUACCUGCACACCGAGCGCUGCUGUGAUAAGCUUGAGCUUUUGGACACCUUCUACUCCGGCUUCACAACGCCCACCGCGACCAUCACCCUGACGGAAGGCAUCCAUGUGGCUACCUGGAACUCAGAUUUCAGUGUCACGAACAACGGUUGGAGCUUCACUUACACCUACCAGGGCACCUCCAGCGGACGUCCCGGGCUGAUUGCCAGCCUCCCGAAGCCGGAGGGACGACAGGACCUCGCCCUGCCCGUGGCGUCCCAGGAGCUCCUUGGGCCUUUCUUCAUCGUGAAGACGGCCUACAACCUCACAGAGAGCAGCGCCUCCCUGGCUCUGGAGAUCCAGGACCUGGCGCCCAACACCAUCCCCAUUCAGAGCGUGAGCUUCACAGACACGGACCUCGGGAUGGGCGUCUUGGGAGGGAGCAUCUCCAUCACGGCAGCUUCCAGCGUGACGGGCUUCCGGGUCUACUGGGGUCGCAACGGCACGCACCCCAUCGACGGAGGCAGCCCAGGGCUACUGGCGGAGUACUUCUACUUGACACCAGGUGCCCGCUAUGAGGUUAUCCCUGACCUGGACUCCAUGGUGCCAGAUCUCGUGCAAGUGGAAAGUCAGGUAAAUCAUCCGUCAACUUCAGAUGCAUUCCCGGGUGUCGCUGUCUCGGACGCUUUUGCGACGCGAUGGACCGGUUACAUCAGCAUAGGCUCUGGUGGCAACUACAUCUUCACCCUUAACUCGAAUGACGGCAGCAAGUUGUACGUGAAUGAUGUACUUGUCGUGGACAACGACGGGCUGCAUGGUAUGCAGUCCUUGAGUGGGGAUGCUUACCUCUACCAAGGCAUGCACAGAGUCAGAGUCGACUUCUUCGACUUGGAAGGCUCACAUGGUGUCAUCCUUUCCUACAGCGGCCCCGAUACUCGGUUCGAGAGCAUUACUGUGCCAACAACUGUGUUGCGACAUGGAUCUCUGGACAGCAUCCUCGUCGGCGAGUGUGUGGCUCAGGCUGGAUCCUGUGUAGUGCAGGUCGACAACCUCACCAUCCCCGCUGAGGCCUCGCACCUCCUCGUAAGAGGAUACGACCAGGACGGCGAGAGCACAAGCGGCGCGUCUCUGGCGGUGGAAGAUGCAUCAACGCCCACGCAGACAGCUGCCGGAAUUUACUUCGAAGACCGCGAUCCUGUAGCGGGCCAGGUGGCUGGGACCAUCGUCCUCGAGCCAGCAGAGGAUCCUAGCCAGAUCUCCCACUACGUCAUCUACUGGGGCACGUCGCCCACUGCCAAGCUCGGCGAGCCUCUUGCAGAGAUUGCAGCAAAUGCGACUGGCAGCUCCUCACGAGGUUCCUGUGGUCAAAAGGGCCCGGACAGCACCCCUCUGCGCUUCACUAGGAAUGGCAUCAAUGGACCGAAAAUCGUCAACGGACAGGAUGCUACUGAAUGUGAGUGGGGCUGGCAGGUGAGCCUGCGCACAGCCAGUGGCUUCCACUUUUGCGGAGGCACCUUGAUCUCCUCAAAGUGGGUGAUGUCAGCGGCUCACUGUGUUGAUGGAGGUGGCAGCAUGGUGGUCGUGACGGGAGAUUUCAACAAGGACUCCGACCAGGAUCAGCACGAGCGAACCUAUCAAGUCCAGCAAGUCAUAUCACAUCCGGACUACAACUCGAACACCAUGACCCAUGACUUCGCUCUCAUCGAACUGACGGAAGAGGUUGAAAUGGGAUGCGCAACAACGGCAUGUCUUCCCGACGUGGAGGUGCCGGUGGGUCAAGAGUGCUUCAUCACUGGCUGGGGCACUUUGGCGAGCGGGGGCUCUUCACCGUCGAUCAUUCAGGAGGGCAUGGUUCUCGCCCUCAGCAACCAACAGUGCAAUUCUGCUUAUACUGGCCAAAUCCUCGAUGACAUGCUCUGUGCUCAGGGCACCUCCGAUCAAGGAAUCGUGGAUGCAUGCCAGGGCGACAGCGGCGGCCCCCUUGUCUGCCCCACCGCAGAUGGCAGGUACGUGCUGCACGGCGCAACAUCCUGGGGCUAUGGGUGUGCUGAUGCUGCCUAUCCAGGGAUCUGGGCACGCAUCACGUGGAUCCUUCCUUGGAUCGAGAGCCAUACAGGCCUGACGCCUCAGACCGGUGGCGAUGGUAAUCUGACUUACAACAUCACUGGAGAGGCCAUCCCGUCAACGGCUACGCACCUUCUGGUGUUCACCUCCAUGCAUGGUGCCGAGAUGACGACCGGCAUUAGCAUUCCAGUGGUGGACUUUGCUCCAUCUUCCACCGCGCCUACCUCCCUCGCGUUUACCGACACGGAUCCUUCUCCGGGAGAGCUGGGAGGCACAAUCAUCGUUGGCCGAGCUUCUGAUGAGUCGGACAUCACCCACUAUGCCGUCUACUGGGGCUCCUCAGAUCAGAACGUCCUGGAGCUCUUCGCCCAGGUGCCUAAGGGUACCGGAAGCCUCGAGAUCCCUGUGCCCGCGAACACCCCGCUGCCGACGGGUGCAACCACCUUCCUGGCCUUCGUGGUGGGACUUUCAGGUCAGGGCUACAACAGCGUGGCGACGUCGAUCCAAGACUUGGACCAGUCGCGAGCUCCCGGAGGUCUCAGCUUCCAGGACACCGAUCAGGGGCUUGGGACCGUGGGGGGCACGGUGACGAUCCAGAGGGCGGCCAGUCAGACGGGAGUUACGGGCUACAACCUCUACUGGAGCACAGGCUCUUGCGCCACGCUGGGUGGCCAGAUAGCAAGCGUGACCGUGGAGCGGAGUGGCAUCGCCCCCUACUGCUUUACGGGGGAUGCAUGCAGCGACAUCAGCAUUUUGCAGGAGGAUGUGGGAGUCUACGUCGUUUCCCGCGGCAUGAGUGGGUACCGCAAUGAUGAGCGCGCAAGCCUGUACUUGGAAGGCCCGGGCACCAUUCGCUUUUCUCGUUUCGGAACUGAGGGUGGCUAUGACACACUGACCAUCGAUGGAGUGGCGCAUUCCGGUAGCAACGUGCCAGCGGAUGUUCAGCUUGGGGCAGGGCAGAAGCAGGUGGAUUGGUUCUCGGACUUCAGUGUGACUGGAAGUGGUUGGGUCUUCCAAUACGAGUCUUCGGGGAGCUUCGGGGAUGUGAGCUACCAGCUGGCUUCUGGCACUUUCCUGCCCAGCUCCGCCACGGAGAUGAUGGUCUUCUCGGUGAAUGAGGGCUCAGAGUAUCGAGAAGCCUGUGCUGCCACAGCCGUGUCGGACUUUGCACCACCAGCUCAGGUACCGCAGGCUUUGUGGUUCCAAGACCAAGACCAGGCUAGUGGAACCGUCGGAGGUGAUCUUAUCAUCUUGCAGGCUCGUGAGCACAGUGGCCUGGAGUCUUAUCACGUCUAUUGGGGUGCCAACUCCACCCAUCGACUGCCAAAUGUGGCCAUGUUCGCGGCCGUGACGGCCACAUCCCCUUCAACAAAUCUCACAGUCACCAUCGCGACUGGAACCCCUUUGCCGGUGAAUGCCAGCUACCUCCUGGUCUUUGCCUCUUCCGCCAGCGGAGAAUCAAGCACACCCGCGAGUGUAGCCGUCUUCGACUAUGAACCAGCCCAAGACGCGGCGACGUCCAUCACCUUCGUGGAUGUCGAUGCAGGGGAAGGGCUCGUGGCCGGAACUCUUUUCAUCGGACGGGCCAGUGAUGAAUCCUCCGUGGACUUCUAUAAUGUCUACUUCUCCCUGGGCAGCCAGAAGCUGGACCUCAUAGGGUCUGUGCCCGCACCGACACUUGCAGCCAGACCAAGCUGCAGCGGCGCCAGCUGUAGCGAGAUUGACAUCCGCUCAGUGGCCGGCGGCAUCGCCUACGAGGUCUCUCGUGGCACCUCCUAUGGCAAUAACGAGGUGGCCAGCAUCGCAGUCACAGGACCUGGCAUGGUGAAGUUUACCUUCUUCACCACGGAGGCGGGCUACGACUUCCUGACCAUUCUGGGGACUGCCUACUCCGGAAGCAGCAUGCCCGGGGAUAUCGAAAUCCCGGCAGGGACCCACGAGAUUGUGUGGCGAUCGGAUGGCUCCGUGACUACAGGAGGAUGGAUCUUCCGCCUGGAGUCCGGUGCGAGCGCCAUCUUGAGCGUGGAGGUGCCCCCAGGCACAUCCAUCCCCCGGACUGCAGACAGUUUGCUGGUCCUGACUGCAUCAGAAGGUGGAGAGAUGGCAACGGGAAUUUCAAUCCCGCUUGUUGAUUACAACCCUCCGACGAUCUUCCCCGUGUCUGUGCAGUGUGAAGACACUGACCCCAGCAUCGGUGUGUACACGGGCUUCUGCAAUGUCCGCAGAGCCGAGGUGGAAGUUGGAGUCGUGAGCUAUGACAUCUACUGGGGAAUGAAUGCAUCCCACCCCAUCCCGGGAUCCCCUGCGCUUGGCCGGGCGGUCUUGAACGCUUCGGCCACGGCCCUGGUCACGGCCCAAAUUCCCAGCACUCCGAUCCAUUCCUCCGCCUCGCAUUUGGUGGCCUUAGCCGCGGGCCCGGGUGGUGUGGCUCCCCGGGGCGUGGGGACCCCGGUGCUCGACAACUCCGGCUUGUCCCUAAAUCCCUCCAGUCUCAAUGUGGUGACGACACCAGGUUCCACGACAUCCAACGUGAUCACCGUCACCAGUUCGGCCGCCGAGGACAUCACGUUGCAGGUGGGCAUCGUCUUCGAGGACGAUUCGGCACAGGGUGCGCUCCCCGAAGCUAUCGCCCCAAGCACGGCCUCCUCGGGAGUUGCGGGCACCAGCCAUAGCCUGCCUUCCGUCUGCCAGGGAUCAGAUGCGCUUCUGCAGGGAAAGAAGCGCCUUCUCUUCAAGACAAAGGCUAAGAAGCUGGAUGCUAGGACAAGGCGUUUACAUGCCAAGGGCGUCGAGGCCAAGCAUGGAGUGAAAAUCCAGGCUUUUGAGCGCCUGGGUGGUGUGGCUUUUGCUGAGAUGAAGAACGCAACGGCGAAGCAGUUCUGCCAGAUGUUCCUUGAUCUCGACAACGAUCCGGUGGUCGAGUAUGUCGAAGAAGACCUCAUGUGGCUUCCCCUUGGCAACAAGCUCCAAGUUGAGGACAUGCUCUUCCCUCCACCAAGACCGCAACCCGAGCCCAAGCUUCACGGGCGAAUGCACCGCCGUCCGGGUGUCUGUAGCAGUAGCACCUGCGGCCGCACAGAAGGGCACCCCAACGAUGUGGACUUUGAUGACCUUUGGGGUUUACAUCAGGACAAUGAUGUGGACAUCGAUGCCCCAGAGGCUUGGGCUAUCCACCAGGGAACCAAUGGGAAGGUGAUCAUGGCCGUCCUUGACACAGGCGUGGACUACAACCACGAGGACCUCCGCAAUCAGAUGUGGGUGAACUCUGGCGAGAUUCCGGGUGAUGGCAUCGACAACGACGGCAAUGGGUAUGUGGAUGACGUGUAUGGCUACGAUUUCCAUAACAACAACGGAGAUCCGAUGGACUCCAAUGGUCACGGAACCCACUGCGCAGGCACCAUCGGUGCAGAGGCUGGAAACUCUAUUGGUGUCGCUGGUGUCUCCUGGAAGCCCCAGAUCAUGGCAUUGAAGUUCCUGGGAGCAAGUGGUGGCAGCACAGCGGAUGCCAUCCGUGCCUUGGACUACGCCGUGAUGAUGGGCGCCCAGAUUAGCUCGAACUCCUGGGGCGGCGGAGGAUACUCGCAGGCACUGGUCGACGCCAUCGAUGCAGCUGCCGAAGCCAACCACCUCUUCAUCGUUGCGGCGGGCAACGACGGGAGGGACAACGAGAUUACUCCAACCUACCCGUGCAACUACGAUCGACCGAACAUGAUCUGCGUUGCAUCUACGGACAGUGCGAACGACAUCUCGUCUUUCUCCAACUGGGGCACAACUGUGGUGCACAUUGCCGCCCCGGGUUCCCGAAUCUACAGCACAUACCCCAACAACCAGUACGAGUUCCUGUCAGGCACAUCCAUGGCAACACCCCAUGUGUCGGGUGUUGCCGCCUUGGUGCUGGACUAUGUGGACACACUGACCUAUGCCGAGCUUCGGAACCUGAUCUUGACGUCUGCUGUCAGGUAUGCCAAGUUCGAUUCUCGGGUGUCCACGGGUGCUUUGCUAAAUGCCCAUGCUGCUCUCCAGAUGGCUGGGCAGUUUGCCUGGGCCCGUGUAACAGGCCCGGCCGCAUCCGGAAGCAUCACUGUGCCGGCUGGAGGUUCUGCCCAGAUCACCCUGGAGCUGGGCAACGACCGGAUGGAGGAAGGAGAGUACCGGGUGGCUUUGAGAAUUUGGAAGCAAGUCAACGAUAUUCUUUACUCACGCCUGGUACCGGUUGUGUUUACUCUGCAUCGCUUUGGGUCUGCACCUACAGUCGGUGCUGGAGGCAUAGAGUUCCAAGACACAGAUGCCCGACGAGACGUCAUCGCCGGGGCCCUUACGAUUACCAGAGCUACUCCCGCACAGGAAGAGACCUUUUCUCAGUACCACAUCUUCUGGGCAGACGCAGCACAGACCAGGACCAGCGAGACGCCACUUGCAACUUUGGACACCGGGAACGUCCUCCAGGACAACUUUGCGUUUUUCGACAACUCCUUCUGGUUUCCUCCAGACUCGGAUGUGGCAGGGGCAAGCUGGUCGGUGUCCAGCGGUGCGGCCAUUUUCUCCGGGCAGUUCGAUACCUCUCACCUCACGAUGGCGCGUCGUUUUGCACCACCCUUCACGAUGAAAGCCAAGGUGCGAAAGACGGCCGGUGCCCUGGCCCACAUGGUGAUCCAGGUCGGUGGGGACUCCGUCAGCCUCUUUGGUUCAGGUGGACUCCGUGUCAUGUUCCUAGGGUCUCAGAAGAUUUUGGUAUCACCAGAUGGGCAGCACUACUCAGUGCCCUGCACCUUGGGCACCUGGUUCGAGGUGACGAUCACGGUUCUGGCAUCUUCGGUCACCUUUGCCGACAACCAGGGGUGCCAGGAGAUCAUGCAGAGCAUCCCGAGCUCGGACGAGACGAGAAGCAUCCGAAUCGGCGCGGACUGCGCUGGUGAAUGUGCUGGGAGUGUUUGGGACAGUUUCGAAGUCAGCGGUGGCCUAUACGCGACCUUCAACGUCCCUCCCUCCACAAGCAUCCCUGCCAAUGCCGCCGGCUUCAUCGUGCAUGCCUGGAAUGUACUGGGCUUGCAAGCCACUGGCCUGUACAUGCCUCUGUCCGACCACCGAGUUGCCAUCCGGGCUGCGCAGCCCACUCAAGUGACCGCGGGCUCUGCCACGACGUCAAGUCUUGUCCUGUCUUGGGUUCGAGGUGCCCUUAAUGACUGCAGCGGGGGCUUCGAAAGGUACGAGGUCAUGAUCCAGGGCGCAAACGGCGGAUGGUCUGAGCCGACGGGUUGCUCUAUGCUGGUGAAUGUGAAUGUUGAAGGUUGCACGGCCACCCAGCUUUCCAGCGACAUGGCUUACCAGUUCAGAGUUCGAUUAAUCUGCAUCUUGGAGGAGACACAGAGCCUUUGGAGUGAAAUCUCGGAAACGGCCAUGACGCUUCCACUGCCGGCUGCGGCUCCCACGGCAGUUCGCGCGCGGUUGCCGAGCUCCACCGCGUUGUUGGUGUCCUGGGAGACGGGGUUGUUGAACGACUGCGAGUUCGAGGAGGCCGUCGUGGAGGGUCAGACAAACGGAGGAGCCUGGUUCCAGCCAGAGGGCUGCACGGGGCUCACGAACUUGAACUCCUACCACUGCACAGCAGAGGGCCUGACACCCGGCGCGGAGUACGUCUUCCGAGUCUGGACCAACUGUGCGGAUCGGAUGUCCUCGAGCCCCGACAGUGCUCCGAGCCUGCCGAUCUCCACGCUGGUCGCCGCACAGACCUGGGAAUCCUCACAGCGGCGAGUUCUCUCCGUGAGCAUGAGCACCGACAUCGACUACAGCGAGGUGCAGGCCAACCCCGAGUUGCAGAGUUCCUUAGUCUCCAACAUCAUCGAGGCAACAGCGAGCCGGAUGAAUGUGGAUCCUUCAAGAGUCAGAGUCGAAGUCUUGGCAGGAAGUGCCCUCACGGGCCGCAGGUUGUCUGCUCUUUCCACCGUCUUCUCCGUGGUGGUGGAUGGAGUCUCGGAGGACACAUCGGCUGAGCAAGUCUCUGAGAAUGUGGCAGCAGAAGUUUCCACGGUGGUGCAAGCCGAGACAGGCACGGCCAGCGAGGUGCAGGUGUCGAGUGUCAAUAGUCUCGUUGCAGCAGUUCCCCCGGAGCGCAUUACCUGGACGAUGCUUGGACCUGACCGCGUUCAGCUCCACUGGAACGCGAGGCCACUGAACGACUGCUCCUUCCUCGCAUGGCAGGUCCAUGCCCGAUCCGGGGAUGUCGAGCUAACACCGCCCGGCUGCUCAGGUCUCGUGAACCUUUCAGCCACCUCCUGUGUCGCCAGCGGCUUUGCCACGGGCGCUGCAUACACCUUCGCCGUGUCGCUGCUCUGUGCAGAUCCGGCUGUGAGCAGUGAAGCUUCGGAGGAAAGUACGCCCUGGGUUGUGGGCUCGGUGCCGACGCUGAUUUCCGCGGAGUUCACCGCAGGCUUUACCACAUUGCUUCUGACUUUCGAUGUGGUGGUGACAGAGCUUCUGACAAGCUGCGCAAGCGCCUUCAGCGAAGCGAUCAGCCAGAAGUUCGGCAGUGACUUUGGAUGCAACGUGGCCGGGUCCCAGUUGGCGGUUACUUUAGGACAGGGGGCCACCUUGGUCCUUGGGGAUUCAAUUAGCUUGCAGAUGACGGCUGGCCUCGUCGGCGUCACCUCAAAUCUCCCGGUGGUGGAGGUCUCCGGCUUCCUCUCCGCCUCCCCUCCGGUCGUGUUGCCCUGCGUGCCCGUGACGCUCAUCUUGCAAGCCACAGGCUCUGCGGGACGUGCGCUUCAGAUCGAGUGGUUCACGACGACUUCCCAGUCUUCGGAGCUGACGUCGCUGUUGGCGACCGCCACGGCGACCUCCUCCACCAGUGCCGAGCUGUCGCCCUCCAUCCUUGCGAGUUUGACACAGCCCGGCCUUGACAGCCUGGACAUCGGCCUGGCGGUUCGCGUUACGAAUUGGUUGGGUCACAGCAUGAUGAUGAACACAUCGGUCAGGGUGCUCAACGAUGGCCAGGCAACCGCGAGCAUCAUGGCAGUCGGCCCAAGCACGCUCACCCGGACCCUGGACCAGGAAGUAGAGCUUGAAGUAGCAACGGGCAUUGUGGCCCCUUGCAAUCAGUCAGAGGAGGUGACGGGCACACCCAUCACCACUUGGCACUAUCGAGCCAGCUCCGGUGCAUCCUGGAGCACCCUGGCCGAAGCGGGUCUCGUCGACGAGUCUCCCCUGCCAAACAGAGUUCGCGUGGCGGCCUUCGCGCUCCCACCGGGAGACCACUCGUUCCGCGCCUCUGCGAGCCUGCCACAAACAGAGGCACAAGAAGUGGUCUUCCAUAUCUCCGUGGCGAACAUCCCUCCACCGAGCCUCGAGGUCACGGGGCCUCGGAGCCUGGGACCGGGAUGCGACCUUCGUCUGGGCACUUCCUGGAGCGGUCUGGUCCACCCCAGGGCCACCCUCCUCUACGAAUGGACCUGCCUCCAAUCCGACUGCUCCAGCAUCUCGAACUUCGGUUCCCAAAAUGAUGAUGGAAGGUCCGGGGAAUCCAUCGAGAUGAGUGGAAAUGAGCUUACCAUGGGCAGCUAUAGCUUCGGUGUGACCAUGACGCAGGUCAUCCCCGGUCAGACCUCGAUCAGCAGCUCAGCGGAGGUGACCGUCACCGUGCAAGCUGGUGGGCCGCUUCCCGUGCAGAUCGCCACCCCCUGGAGCCGCAUGGACCGCAUCUCCCUGCAGGCUGGGCAGCUCAAGGUGCCAAUCACGGCUACAAUCGGCAGCGCCGCGGGCGGCUGCCAGGUCCCCGCUGAUUCCACUUUCAAGUGGGUUCUGGCGCAGCAGGAGGCACCGCAGCAGAUUGUCAGCCUUCUGGAUAGCACGACCACUGCAGGUGUUUCCCCUGUGGUGUCGACUUCUGCAUUCAUCAGCUCGGCAUUGGUGCCCGCGACCACCUAUGUCUACGCACUCCUCAGUGCAAGAAAUGCAUCCCAUCUUGCUAUGGGUGAGCAGUCAGCCUCCCUGCAAGACGCAGCCAUCUACGGCAUCCAAGUCACCCUGUCUCUGCCCUUCGUGGCAGAUGCCGCACCGUCCUCGGGACGUGCCUUGGUGGCUCCUGAAAUCGGAGAGGCCUUGAAGGACAAGUUCCGACUGGCCACGGAGGAAUGGUCUGACGAGGAUGCAUCGACCUUGCGCUAUGCAUUCUACAUCUUCCCGCUUGGCGAUACCUACUCAGUGACGGAAGGCUCAGAUGGAAGCGGCUUGCAGUCAACACCUGCCUUUCAGACGCCAGAGAUUGAGUGGAAUGAUCCCUCGAGCGCACAGUACUUCACGAAGCUCGGUGGAUCCCUGGUUGGCAUCUGGGGAUCCUCCGCCAGUGUCUCCGGCUUGGAUCUGGCAAGUGGAGUCUACUUCACAGUUGCACGCGUCUCCUACACAGUUGUCCGUGCCAGUUUGCAGAAGAAUUGCUAG